CGUGGACCAGCACAGUCAUUCUGGAAGGCGUUCAACUACGCUGGAAGAAUGUCGUCGCAGGACGAAGAUCUGUUGGUAUUUGGAUAUGCUUCGCGAAUCUACUCUCCUGAUGAUCGCUCUGACUUCAUUGCUGAGGAGCAGCACUUGAUCGUUUCUCCGAACGAUACAUCCUUACGAAUCGACAGGUGUGUCCUUUGUUCAGAAGAUGAUGAAGAGACGCGCCCUAAAAAGGCGGAAAUCGGUUUUGACUACAAAAAUAAUAACUCUAAAACAAAUGGAGGCACUGCGGAUCUAGAAAGUGAUGGCAGUGAUAGUGAGGCAGAAGCGUUCGAACCUCCCCCUGGUAUAAAACUUCCAUUAGGAUUAGCUGUUCCUGAUAAUCAAAAACAAAACCACAUUAUCGAACGGACCGCUCUAUUCGUAGUGACGAAGGGUCCUCAAAUGGAAAUUGUUAUCAAGGCUAAACAGCGGAACAAUACUGAACAGGGCAUGUUGUUUUGGCAUUUCCAAAAAUACAUGUUGCAGUUUGGCUUCCUUGAAUUCGAUAAUGUAUUACAUCCAUACUACAAGUACUUAUCGAAACUGAUCCGUGAGAAGAAAUACACUCCCGAUUUGUCCAAAGGUGCCAAACGUGCACCACAGCGUGAGCAAACAGAGGAUUCAACUACAGGAGCUGGAAGCAGUGCGAAAGAGAGCAAGUCGAACGCUCUGAUGGCGCUAGCAAAUGAGCGUGGUAGUGACAGUGAUUCUGACUCGGAUUGCGAGCUACACCCUUCCCUCCUAUCUGGAUUGCAAAAGCGAGGUCGUAGUCCUGAUGUUAUGGAUUCUGCAGAAAAUGCGGCGGGUCCAAGACGUCGUCCCGCUUCCCCUUCUCCACCUCCGGUUACAGCGCAUCGGCAUGACUAUGAUAUGAACAAGAGUAACGACAUCUAUGCAUCACUUUUUAAAAGUCUGAGCCAAGUGUCCGUUGAACGUGAAGAGGCUGAAAAGAGGCAGAAAGAAAAGUUGGAAAUACAAAAACAUAUCAUGGCCUCUGCUCCACCUCCACCAGACGAAGAGUAUAGAGCAUGGUGGUUGUCAUUUUAUGGUUCACCAUGUCCGUAUUCAAGUCCUCAGCCAAUGGUUCCACCACCGCCAGACCUCCAGCCCGUAAUUUCAAGCUAUGCAGAAUUUGUAGCUCGUCAUGGCGUUGAGGCAGAACUAGAUUUAAGAGGUGUAAUUUUAAAAUGUUAA